AUGAAUAUGAACCAAGCCAUUUCUUCAAUUAAUCCUUCAACUAGUUUCCAACUUCCACCAACAAACCCUACCACCACCACCAAUCCACUUCCAUCUUUCCCUAACAUUUCUACAGAUCUACUAUCCAAUUCCAUGGCGAGCUCAUACUCGACUUCUUCAGAGGACACAACAGAAGAAGGAUCAAGAAAGAGGAAGAGGAAAUGGAAGGACUUUUUUGAGAGGUUGAUGAAGGAAGUGAUUGAGAAGCAGGAGGAUUUGCAGAAGAGAUUCUUGGAAGCCAUUGAGAAACGGGAACAGGAAAAAGUGGCUAGAGAAGAAGCAUGGAGAGCACAAGAGAUGCUAAGAAUCACUAGAGAGAGGGAAAUUCUUGCGCAAGAAAGAUCCAUAGCUGCAGCAAAAGAUGCUGCAGUUAUGUCUUUCUUGCAAAAAAUUGCGGAACAGCAAAAUCUAGGAGAAACACUGAAUAACAUCAACAUUGCUCAACCACCGCCACCACAACAACUACAAAGAAAUGCAACACCAACACCACCACCACCAGUGCUCGCACCUGCACCAGCACCAACAACAGUGUCCACAGCAACAGCAGCUCCAGCACCAACAACAGUGUCCACAGCAACAGCAGCUCCAGCACCAGCACCAGGACCAGCACCAACACCAACACAAGCAUUAGCAGUAAAAGUUCAUGCACCACCGCCAUUGCAACCACCGCCUGUUACUAAGCCGAGCCAACCAAUUGUCCCACAGCAGCAACUGGUGAUGAAUAGGGAAAUAGUAAAGCUUGAUAAUAACGGUGAGAGUUUCAUGGGAGCAAGUCCGUCGAGGUGGCCGAAAGUGGAAGUUGAAGCACUGAUAAAUCUGAGAACAAGCAUGGACAACAAGUACCAAGAGAAUGGACCAAAAGGCCCUCUAUGGGAGGAUAUAUCUUCAGCAAUGCGGAACCUCGGGUACAAUAGGAAUGCCAAAAGGUGCAAAGAAAAAUGGGAGAACAUAAACAAGUACUUCAAGAAAGUGAAAGAAAGUAACAAGAAGAGACCAGAAGAUUCAAAGACAUGUCCUUAUUUUCAUCAGUUGGAUGCUUUAUACAGGGAGAAAGGCAAAGGAGACAAUUCCGGGGGCAGCGGCAGCGGCAGCGGUUUGAACCCAGCGGUAAAAGCGGAGAACAUGGCCGCUCCGUUAAUGGUGAGACCAGAGCAGCAAUGGCCACCUCAGCAAGAAGAGAGAAACCGCAGAGAGGAAGAAGAUGACAUGGACGAAGAUGAUAGAGACAGAGAAGAAGAUAUGGAUGAAAGUGGUAGCGGGGUGGUAACUUUGAGAUAG